UUUUCAGUUAUUAGGAGAAAAAAAUAAGAAGGGAAAGAAUCAGAGUAUGCAACGGCUAUAUUUGUGGAAAGCCAUUUUUUGCACAUCUGUCAUGCUGUUGAAAUUCUUAACUACCCUCUUUUUUUGUUAAUUAGUUAGUAGAAGAGGCAAUGAGACUGCUGAUUUCUAGGCCAUAUCCGGCUUAGUCGAAUUUCAGCCGUGGCGGCCUUCAACUCUGUAGUCUCUCUAGAUCUUUCUGGAAACAAAAUUCAUAUUAUUUAGUCUUCAAUAUAGUAACUCAGGAGCCUGAAUCACAUAAAGCUGUUUAGAUAUGGAAGCUACGAGUUAUGAUAAAUUCAAUUCUGUUUGGAGUACUGAUCCUCCCACAAAAAAAGGUGAUUUGCGUAAAGAAACUGUAGUAACAGAACAAGGACAUGGAAGCACAAACAAUUCAAGCACCCCUUCAUCAUCAUCAUUACAAUCCCAAAAUCCCUUGGUACAGAAUGAUUCAAAAAAUGACAUUAUAGAAGGUAAUAAUAAUAUGAGCUUCAAGAACAUUGGUAGUUCUAGCACAUGUCAUUUAUCAUCCACAUCUGAAUCAUCAUCACUAAGGAAUGAUCCCUUAAAAGGCACAGAUAGAGGUUCUAAAUCUUCUAGUCAAGAAUCAAACCAAGUUUCUACAAACAAUUCAAGCACCCCUUCAUCAUUGUCAUUACAAUCCCAAAACCCCUUUUUGAAUGAUUCAAAAGAUGACACUACAGAAGGUAAUAAUAAUAAGAGCUUCAAGAAUAGUGAUAGUUCCAGAACAUGCCAUUUAUCAUUUACAGCUGAAUCAUUAUCACCAAGGAAUGAUCCCUUAAAAGCCACAUACCAUGGUUGUAGAUCUUCUAGCCAAGAACCGAACCAAGUUUCUACAAACAAUUCAAGCACCUCUUCAUCAUUACAAUCCCAAAACCGCUUUCUGAAUGAGUCAAAAAAUGAUAUUAUAGAAGGUAAUAACAAGAAGAGCUUCAAGAAUAUUGACAGUUCUAGCACAUGGCAUAUAUCUUCCACAUCUGAACCAUUAUCACCAAGGAAUGAUCCCUUAAAAGCCAUAGAUCAAAGUACUAAAUCUUCUAGCCAAGAACCAAACCAAGUUUCUACAAACAAUUCAAGUACCCCUUCAUCAUCAUUACCAUCCCAAAACUCCUUGCAGCAGAAUGGUUCAAACAAUAACAUUAUAGAAGGUAAUAAUAAGAGCUUCAAGAAUAGUGAUAGUUCUAGCACAUGCCAUGUAUUAUCCACAUCUGAACCAUCAUCACCAAGGAAUGAUCCCUUGAAAGGCACAUGUCAAGGUCCUAAAUCUUCUAGUGAAGAACCAAACCAAGUUUCUACAAAUGCCACCAAUAAAAAAACCAAUGUAGACACUUCAAACUCUAGUGAUGAUGAUGACAAUGAUGAUGAUGAUCACACACAACCAGAAUCAUCAGCUGCAGCUUCAAAUGAUGAAUUUGGCUCAAUGAACAAAGGGUUAGAACUAGAAAUACAAAAGCCUGCAGUGCAAGUAAUGGAGCGGCCAGAUUUAAGCAUCGAUGCUAGCUCGUCUUAUGUAUUUCCACCACAUGUGUUUGCUAAGAACACCACAAAUGCCCAAGCAGAUUGGAGUCUUGCCUCCAAUGAAUCACUUUUCAGCAUUCACAUGGGAAACAUGAGCUUCUCACAUGAAUUGGCUUGUUUGAGCAGAAAUGAUUUUUGGAUUGAUACUCCUCUUGCCUCUCCUCUUGCCUCACCUCUUGCCUCACCAAGUCAACCUCAACCACCACCACUGCCACUGCAAACGCCGAGUAAAUUCAACGAUAUAAGCCAAAGAGCUGCUGAAAUACAUGAAGAGAGUGCAGGAGUAAGUGAAAUGGCUAUUGAGACAAUGAGAGAGGUUAUAAUGGAAACUUGUCAAAACAAACCAAAUGCUACUAAACGGGGCAAAAAGAGUAAGAACACACCUGUUGUUGCUGCUGCUACUGCUUCUCAAUUAUCAACCGAUCAAGAUCAAAAUGUAGCAUCUAAGAGCACUGAUGAGAAUGCAGAUAAAACUGUGGCAAGUAACGGUGCUAUGGGGAAGCAGCAACAACAACAACAAACAUCAAAUGCAUUUUAUCAAUCACCAAAGCCAAUGAAAGCAUCUAGGGAUGCUGAGGAGGAGAAUCAAAAGAAACAAGAAGCACCAAAUGUAGUUGAGGAUAACUCCUCAAAUCCACAAACCAUAAAGAACCCUCCUAAAGCAGGAGGAGGAGGAUGGCUGUCUUGCUUCCUAUGUUGUUGUCAUUAAAAGUAAUUAAUAUUCCAAAGUUCUUGGUGGCUUCUUCUGGCCAAAACCACAUACUAUUCCUCUAUUCUAAUCUUGUCCAAGCUAGUUUAAAUUCACUAGCAUUGCAGAGUAGCCUUAGCUAGUAUGUUGUACAUCUUAGUUGAGAAAAUCAGAGAUGAAUUUCACUGAUUUUAGCAUUGUAUAUAGGGUUGUUAGUUCAUGAUUGUACUAUUAAUCAGGAGUGUUUAGGAACUCCAUUGGUGAGGUUGUGCAUAAUUGUAUUGCAUGCUCUCUAAACUUCUUGUUGAGUUGUUGAAAUGCCUCU